AUGUCUGAAGAAGGAUUCGCCAUAGUUGGGAACGAGAUGGGUUUUCUAUGGGAAGAAAACGAGUGUAAUUGGGCAAAUAAUUUGUCCAACAACUCAUCACCAACAGGCGGUGCAGGUUAUACUGGAACUGCUGACGAAGAAGAAGAAGAAAAGUCCGAGGGCAAAAAGAUGAAGAGCUCGAACGGCGGCGGGGGGCCAAAAGCGAAUAAAGGGAAAGAAGGGGCACCGCAGGGAAAUAAUAAGAAGAAGCGGAGCCGAGGGGGUAUCACGAAAGAAGGAAAAAAAGUUGGUGGUGGGGAAUCGGAUCAUGAAAUACAUAUAUGGACGGAGAGAGAGAGGAGGAAGAAGAUGAGGAACAUGUUUGCUAAUCUUCAUGCUUUGCUUCCCCAACUCCCUCCUAAGGCCGACAAAUCCACAAUUGUUGAUGAAGCAGUGAACUACAUCCGAACCCUACAGCAGACUCUCCAAAAGUUACAAAAACAAAAACUGGAAAAGCUUCAAGGAGCUACUACUAGUAGUACCACAAUUUCUUCUUUCAACUGUGAGCCUUCCCUAAUUUCCCAACAAAAGGUAGCCUAUAAGGAUACCAGGGAGGCAUUCUUAGCUGACCAAGGAUCUUGCAAUGAACUUGUCACUAUGGGAAACAACAUAAAUAACCCUUCUUCAAAUUCACUCUCGGUAGUUUCACAGUUCUCUCCUGUAAUGUUCCAAACAUGGACUUCCUCCAAUGUGGUCUUGAACAUCUGCGGUGACCAAGCACAUAUCAGCAUUUGCUCGCCCAGAAAACCUGGCCUCCUCACCUCCAUUUGCUAUGCCUUGGAGAAGCAUAAGAUAACGCUCGUUUCGGCUCAGAUCUCGUCCGAUGGUGAUCGGAACAUGUACAUGAUCCAUGCACAUCAUGCAAGUAACGGAGCUUCAGAUCAGUUCCUAGAGGCGUUUAAUCCUGUAGAAGAAGUUUUCAAGCAAGCUGUUGGGGAGAUAAUGUUAUGGGUGUCUUCUUGA